AUGGCAUUCAAUAGAGUAUUGGUUAAUGUGUUACCACAAAAAUUCCUUGGAGUACUUCCAUUAUUCAUUGGAGUUGAAAUUAUACUCGGUAUAGCCAUCCUAAACAAAGCCAGUGGGUUAUAUGGUAUCUUAUCAUUAUUAACCGGACAUCCUAUUAAUUUCUUACAAUGGUUAUAUAAUAUGAUAGCAUUACUCAUAUUACCAUUUUAUGCCAUGGCAUUAAUUAAUUUAAAGAAUAAACCCAGAAAUGUUCGAAAAUUAUCUUUGGCUACUUUGAUUUAUAUUUUGGAUACGGGGAUUGGUUGUUUAUAUACUUUGUAUUUCACUUAUUAUUGGUUUUAUGUCGAAGAUACUGAUGCUACAAUUAAUGCAAGAAGAGAUACUGUUGAUGACGAUUUAUCUAGACAAUCAGCAUCUCAGACUAGAGAAUUGUUUAUUACAUUCAGUACUACUGUUGUUAUUACUGUGGUUAGGUUUUAUUUUACAUUGGUUAUGGUUUCAUUCACAAGAUUACUUUUGAAACAACAUAUUAGUGAAAUUAGUAAUACUUCCGGGGAGGGCGUGGUUCAACAUAACGUGGAUGAAGAAGAAGAGGAAAUAUUGGGUAGUACCGGGAUGAUUGGGGAGGUGAAGAAAGCAGUAUUGGAUUUGGAAUUGAGAUCAAAGGAGUUUUUGAUUAGAUGGUUGGCUCAAUAUUGA